AUGGACGGCAGCCUGCCGAUUUUCGCCAUGUGCUGGCCGUGCUGCGACCUGUGGUUUCCGUGCGGCCAGUCGUGCGAAUGUCUCGACUGCUGUGGGACGGUGCACUGCUGCAACGGGGCGUGGCAGGGCAAGCGCUCGCAGCUUCCCUUUGACGACUACCGACUUGAGGCCCAGGAGCGCGCUGCGCAGGAGGGAGCGCGGCACGACCAGCCAGGGGGGACGAGCGCUACGUACCCCAGCACGCCGCCCAUGUCUAUUCCCUCUACACCGCCGCCUGCGUACUAG